AUGUUGUCCGCUACCAGAUCAUGGACGACGGCAGCAUUGCUAAUGCUCGGGGCGAAGGAGGCGUUCGCGGGUGCUCUUCACCAGGAGGACUAUCCAAUCUCCUACAGUAACACAUCUACCAAAGAUCAUCACACUGUUGUCGAUUCAACCACCACGACUACGACUGAGUGUAUUGACAGCACCGUCAUAUUCAGCACCACCAGCACAUGUACCAUCAUUGAUACAUUGACCACCACCAUACCCACCACCACUACCGGUACCACAACCGUCACUGUACCGACCACCAUCAUUGAUACAGUGACCAACACGGAUACCACCACCAGUGUCGGUACGACAACCAUCAUCGUGGUCACUACUGUACCAACGACGGUCACGGAGUACGCACCCACCACGACCACGUUGCCGACGACUAUCACAAUCCCCAAGCAAUACACCCAGUUCACGACGAUCACUUCGAUUGAUGAAUGUCCGACAACAUGCAGUAUCUACGCCGGCACGGUCGACGUCUUCUUCUGGCCGACCAGCGACAACUACACGUAUCCGUCCACAUAUGUCCAACCAGGGAUCGAUUACACCUUCACAUCACCGUCGAUAUACAUGCUCAUCCCUACCAUGUACGGCACCAACUCCCUCGGCCGUGCCGGGCCCUCGGCCAGCAACACCAUCUGGCCCUUCGACCUGGAUGAGGUAUCGACCUUCCUUCCGGGCGGCACGUCGGCGUCGGCGCAGCUCACGCUCGAUGACCUGUACACGGACUGCCCGAAGUCAGCCGACGCGUCACAAAUCUUGACCAUGGUGGACCCGCACUGUGACCCAAUACUCGUGGCCCCCGACGCCAUUAAGGCGUGGGCGCAGCCUUGCAACGCCUGCGGCCAGUUCGGACUGUUCGACCCACCGUACGCGGUGCCGACGCUGACGGGGCUGAUCCCCGUCACGACGACGACCGAGGCUACGACGGCAUCCCCGGCGCCAACUACUACUGUUGUGCCGGUGACGACUACCUCUGUUGCCGAGACUACUACACCUACUUCUGUGGCCGAGACCACCUCAGUUCCGGAGACCACGUCUGUCGCGGAGACUACCUCUGUUGCGGAGACUACUACACCAACCACGGCUGCUGGGGAGACGACUACCCCGACCACCGCUCCUGCGGGGACGACUAUUUCCCCGACCACAGCCGCGGACACGACGUCAGCCGUGACGACCGUCGGGUCGAAUGGCGUGACGUCGGUGAUCUACCUGCACAACGGCACUCCCGUCGGUACCAGCAUCGUGGCUACAGCGACGGCGACGACCGCAGAGACAACCGCCGCAUCAACGGGCGGCGAGGGUGCCUCGACGACCGGUGGUGCCGAGACUGGCUCGUCGACUGGCGGUGAUACAACUACGGUAACCGGUAGUGAAACAUCCACUGGUGCGGGUGCCACCGCGACCGAUGGCACGUCCACGACAGAUGCCACCGCAACCGAUGGGGCAUCCACGACAGGCGCGUCCGCGACGGGUGGUGAAACUUCCCCAGGUGCCACGACCGCCGACCCUGGCUCGUCCACCGCCGCUACCACCAGCACAGACGCAUCAUCCACGGCCUCGUCGACGACAGAUGGGACCACCGCUUCCUCGUCGGCGUCUUCGACCGAUCCGGCCUCCACCGGCGCAGCCGGAAGACUGACCCCCCGCGGAUGCGCUGGUGUAUUGGCCGGACUGUUGGUGUCGGCGUGCUUGUUAUAG